UCAGGAGAUGAGGGUAGUGUAAGGAGUAAACCAUAAACUUUGAGGCUUUGCCUCUAAAGUUGCUAAUAGUAGUAGUAAGUCUUUUGGAAUAAAUCUCGUUUGGCCAAAAGGUAAAAGAAAAGAAAAUAGUCCAUUAUUUGCGGCCAAUCACGAAAAUAGUCCCAAAAUUCCCAAAACAGGUUGGAUUCGGCAAAGUGCGCCACAAGUUUUUUAGCGUAAAACUAACUCUAGCUUUGUUCGGCACUCUGUGUGUGUGUGUGUGUGUGAAGCAGCAAUAAUCCGUCAUGCAGAUCUUCGUGAAAACCCUAACGGGAAAGACCAUCACCCUCGAAGUCGAGAGCAGCGACACCAUCGACAAUGUCAAGGCCAAAAUUCAGGACAAAGAAGGGAUACCUCCUGAUCAGCAGAGGUUGAUUUUUGCUGGAAAACAGUUGGAAGAUGGUCGAACUCUGGCUGAUUACAAUAUCCAGAAAGAAUCAACACUUCACCUGGUUUUGAGGCUCAGGGGAGGAACUAUGAUUAAGGUGAAGACUCUCACUGGAAAGGAAAUUGAGAUUGAUAUUGAACCCACAGACAGCAUUGAUCGAAUUAAGGAACGGGUUGAGGAGAAAGAAGGAAUACCGCCUGUGCAGCAAAGGCUUAUUUAUGCCGGAAAGCAGCUAGCUGAUGACAAGACCGCUAAGGAUUACAAUAUUGAAGGAGGUUCUGUUCUUCAUCUCGUUCUUGCAUUGAGGGGUGGUAGUCUUUAAGAUUGCUCCAAAUUUGGGUAAAAAUGUGCAACCUUUAUCCAUGAAUUUAUCAUGACAGUUCUCUUUUUGUUUCCUUUUUACCUUUUCUCAUGUAAAACAUGAAAACUUGGUUAAAGCUGACUAGCUGAGAUUAGUUUCCCCUUACAAACGUGGAAUGGUGCUUGCUUUCUUAUUUUUA